AUGUACAUCGAAACGGCAAAGUUUUUGUUGCGUAGUAGUUGGUAUUCAGAAGAUUAUAUUUAUUACUCAUUCACAAUCAUGGUAUUUGUUAGUUGGGCCAGUGAUGGAUUAAGGAUAUAUGAGUUAAAUGAAAAUAAAGAAAUUAUUCAAUUGGAAUAUAAAUCAUCUACUACUGUGAAAUGUUUAUCUAUCGCGAAGUCAAGCAUGUGGAUGGGUUAUCUUGACCAAACUAGUGUGGUUCUACUUGACGUCAAUGAUCGAUCUAUCGUUUCCACUAUCCCUAUUGAGCCAGCCUCACGGAUUCAACUAUCACCAUGUGGGAAGUUUGGAUUCAUCUACACGUCAUUUAAAAUCGACAAUGAAAAUCCAUCUGGUUCGCCAAAUAUAUUUGUGUAUGACAUGAUCAAUAAAACAAAGCUCAAAGAAUAUAUUUUCCGAAGAGGUGAUGGAUGGCAACCACAGUGGAAUUCUGAUUCAUCCGUCUGCUCGAUUUUUGUUAAUGGAGAAAUUCAUAUGUAUUCAAACAAUCUAUUUUCUGAAAAACCGUAUACUAAAUUAUCACUAAAAGGUAUCCGCCAUUUUUCUAUGAGUACUUCAAGUCAACCAAAUCUUGCAGUGUAUAUACCCGGGGAAAAGAACCAACCUUCUUUUGUCAGAGUUUAUCAAUGCCGUGAUAAUCAACUGAUUCAUACUGCAAACAAAUCGUUUUUUCGUGCUGAUACAGUCCGACUAUUAUGGAAUGAUAGAGGAACUGAUUUACUCAUUCUUACUUCAACAAAACUUAGUGAUGAAAGUUAUUAUGGGGACCAAGGUCUUUAUUUUAUAUCAGCUAGUCGAUCCGGUGAUAGUGCGAUUGUUCCAAUGCCACGUAAAGGUCCAAUCUAUCAAAUAGCUUUUCAACCAACAAAUUAUACAUCUUCUAUUACAAAAAAGAAUAAAAAUACUAAAAUUGAGGAAUAUUUUGUUGUUUGUUAUGGAUUUACACCAGCAUCUGUGACAAUAUUCAAUUUGAACUGUGAACCAGUUCACGAUUUUGGAACAGGUUCAUGGAAUGAAAUUCAUUUUAAUCCUCAUGGAAAUCUAUUGUUAUUAGCUGGGUUAGGUAAUUUGUCAGGCGAUAUGUGUGUUUGGGAUUUUUCAACUCAUGAACGUUUAUCUUCAUUUAAAACAACCGAUGUGACAAGUGUUCAAUGGUUACUGGAUGGUGAACAUUUAAUAUUUGCUACAACAACUCCAAGAUUACGUGUAAAUAAUGGCUUUGGAAUAUGGCAUUAUAGUGGUAAACAAUUAUCCUAUCGACCCGUUGAACGACGUGCUGUUCCUAGAGCAGCUACACCAGAUUUACCUGCUGCAGUUGAUCAUGAAUUAUAUCAAGUUUCAGUUAUAUUUCCAACAAAACUGGAAUCUGCUCCUGAACCGAAAAAGUUUGAAUCUGCUAGUGAAAAUUCGGUAAAUAAGCGCGCUUCGGUUUACGUACCUCCAGUUCUUCGUAAUCGUUCUGCAGUAGCUGUACAAUCAUUGAAGUCAUCUAAUAUGAUUGAUCAUAGUAAAAUUUCUACUCAUUCUGUUAGCAAUAAUAAUUCUAACAUUGGAAAACUGAAUGCAAGCAAAACUACUGGUUCAAAUCAUAAAACCACAUUAUCUUCUAAUGAAUCUGCCCCGACUGGUGGCACAUAUCCAGCUUCAUCCAAUAAUAAAUGUGCUCACCCAGUUGCAUCAGACCCGAAGAACCAAAAGCAAGUAAAUCAGAUAUAUAAGAAACUGACGCAGAUUGAGAAACUGAAAACAGAACAAGCAUCCGGAAAAUCUUUGGCAUAUAACCAACUGGACAAAAUUGCGAGUGAAAAACAACUCCGGGAUGAAUUAGCUAAACUAUGUGUAUGAAGGACAUGUUUAGUUUCUAAUAAAAUUUUCACGUAUUUAAUUGGAGUACGCAUGCGUUGUCUUGUUGUUCCUAACUGUGAAGAUUAAUUAGGUAAACAGACCAAGUGACUUAACACAAUGUCUUUACCAUGAAAAUCGUUUCCCGAAUAUAAAAUAGCACGAUUCGAAAUAAGUGCCAUCACAUAACUAAUCCGACAACAGAUUAGCACAGAAUUUGUGUGAAGCUAUAAUCCUAGACCUAAUUAGCAUUAUUCUCAGCAUCUGUAAAAAAUGCCGACCAGAAUGAGUCUGGAAUCAUGUGCAAGCACACCAUCUCAGCACUAAUUGAGGGCUAAAAUGCUCACAACUGGAUUGUAUACGUAAGCGGACUGAUCCAGGCGAAGUAACCACAAACCUAACAAUUCAGACAAUACCGUUAAAUUUUUCAUUUUAGGUUUCUGGUAAUGGGUUCAAGGUAAACGCUCAACAUAGUAAUAGGCAUGUUUAGGAUUAAACGGAGGCAUUUGAAAACAUGCACAGAUUGUAAUAGCCGUUAAACUAUGUCAGUAUUUUAACCCUAGCUUCCUAAAAUGAAGAGAACACAGCACGCACGUGCUUAUUUCGUAAUCAAACCGUCGGAGGCUCGAGAAUCAUAUACUGAAGAAUCUAUUUAAUGUAACAACUACGCUUGUCGUGGAGAAUGUGCACACGAUUGAUGCAUAAUAGUGCGAUGUACAGUCAAACCUGUGCUUAGUAGGUGUCACACUGGCACUGAGUGGGUUUUGUACGAAUUCUUUGUAAGAGGAUAUCGUGACCUAACGACCCAUCGAAUAGAUUUUACCUUGCAAAUACGUUGAUGCAAAGAAAACAUAUGCUUCAAGAGAAGCUUACCCAGACGAUAGAUGCAGUCACUAACUUUUUAAUUCCCAAUGUUCAAACGAGAAUUGCAAGUUUAAUUUAGAUACAUAUAAAUGC